AUGGAUGCGAAUAAUAUACCACCAUACUCCCUCGGAAAGCAGACAACCCCCCAUUUCCCACCGAUGCUCAAUACGCGGUCUGGCAACGAGCCCUAUGAGCGGCCGUUGACCCCCCCUCAGACUCAGGCUGGCUUUAUCAGUCCCAUCAACACCCCGCAAGGCAGCCCGAGCAAAAACAAAGUACCGCCUGGUGCCACAGGGCUAGUCAAUGUGUUCGACAAUGCCAUGAGGCUCACCCCGUCUUCGCCGUCCAAGUCAGGUUUCGGUAAAUCGCCACUGUCACCAGGACGAGGCCAGGUUGAUGAUUUGACUGCGUACAAUGAAGGAAGGGAAGAGUCUGUGAGGCCGGGGAGCCCUACUCGGUUGUCAAACAAGGAGAAUGCCCCAAUACCUGGGCUGCGGCCAGGAAAGGAAGCGAAUACUUUAAGCCAUGCUGCUAUGUCGCGUCGAGAGCAGUAUCAGACAGGCGAUCGGAUGGAGGCUGGCCUUCGAAAACCACAAGCUCAAAUCAGGGGCUUGACCGCGGAGGAACUGGAGAAGUUACAGCAGCCGAAAGUUAAGCGCCUUGCCAAUGUCACGCAGCUCUAUUUCCUUGACCACUACUUCAACCUUCUCAGCUAUGUUCAGAACCGACAGAUACGCAGCGCCCAAUUUGCUGCUGCCUAUCCCCCUCCACCUGAGACAGAUGAAGCAGAGUACGAAGUCGCACGCCAUAAAUAUUUAGGCCGAGAACGUGCCAACCUUCGGAAACGGAGAACCCGUCUGCGACAUGGCGACUUCCAGAUUCUUACCCAGGUUGGUCAGGGAGGCUAUGGGCAAGUCUAUCUCGCACAAAAGAAGGACACUCGUGAAGUGUGCGCGUUAAAGGUCAUGAGCAAGAAGCUGCUCUUCAAGAUGGACGAGAUCAGGCACAUCUUGACGGAACGUGACAUCCUAACAACUGCAAAGAGCGAAUGGUUGGUGAAGCUACUUUAUGCUUUUCAGGACGAUACUCAAAUAUACCUUGCCAUGGAAUACGUCCCUGGAGGUGAUUUCCGUACUCUACUCAACAACACAGGGGUCCUCCAUAACCGACACGCUCGAUUCUAUAUCGCUGAGAUGGUAGCCUGCGUGGAUGCUCUCCAUGUUCUUGGAUACAUUCAUCGAGACUUGAAACCAGAGAACUUCCUGAUUGACUCUACCGGGCACGUCAAGUUAACUGACUUUGGAUUGGCAGCGGGCAUGCUUAAUCCUACCAAAAUUGAGUCUAUGCGUUUGAAACUGGAGGAGGUCGGAAAGACGGCCGUGCCAUUUGGUCGGCCGAUGGAGCAACGUUCAGCUGCUGAAAGACGCGAGGGUUACCGAUCACUUCGAAAGCUAGAUGUCAACUACGCCAAAUCAAUCGUUGGAUCGCCUGAUUAUAUGGCUCCAGAGGUGUUGAGCGGUGAGGAAUACGACUUCACUGUUGACUACUGGAGUCUGGGGUGCAUGCUCUUCGAAGCUCUGACGGGCUACCCUCCUUUCGCUGGAGCGACUGUGGAUGAAACAUGGCAGAAUCUCAAAAAUUGGAAAGAUGUGUUGCGCAAGCCACAAUACGAAGAUCCGAACUACUAUCUCUCCCGACGUACUUGGGACUUUAUCACUCGACUUGUUGCUUCGAAGGAACAUCGGUUCAAGAACGUUACUGAAAUUCACAACCAUGACUAUUUCGCUGAAGUGAACUUCAACACCCUGAGAGAAGAGCAGAAGGCUCCGUUUGUUCCUGACCUUGACUCUGAAACGGAUGCUGGCUACUUCGACGACUUCGGAAACGAGGCUGACAUGGCUAAGUAUAAGGAGGUACAUGAUAAACAGAAGGCACUUGAGGAUAUGGCUGAUCGUGACGAAAAGAUGAACAAGAGCGUCUUCGUUGGGUUCACUUUUAGGUAUGGGAUCUUACUCUAG